AUGUAUGCCAAAGGGAAAGGAUCCACUGUCCCCUCUGAUAGCCAGGCAAGGGAAAAAUUAGCUUUAUAUGUGUAUGAAUAUUUACUGCAUGUAGGAGCCCAGAAAUCUGCACAGACGUUUCUGUCAGAGAUACGAUGGGAGAAAAAUAUCACUUUAGGCGAGCCUCCUGGGUUUUUACACUCUUGGUGGUGCGUAUUUUGGGAUUUGUACUGUGCAGCACCUGAUAGGCGAGAGACCUGUGAACACUCUAGUGAAGCCAAGGCUUUCCAUGACUACAGUGCAGCAGCAGCUCCCAGUCCAGUUAUGGGUAACAUGCCACCAAAUGAUGGAAUUCCAGGUGGACCCAUGCCUCCAGGGUUCUUUCAGGGGCCUCCUGGUUCUCAGCCAUCACCUCAUGCACAACCUCCUCCACACAACCCCAACAACCCCAUGAUGGGUCCACACAGUCAGCCGUUCAUGUCCCCUCGGUAUCCUGGUGGCCCUCGACCUUCCCUCAGAAUGCCAAAUCAGCCCCCUGUUGGGGUUCCAGGUUCACAGCCUUUGCUGCCAAACUCCAUUGACCCAACACGGCCACAAGGGCAUCCAAACAUGGCAGGACCCAUGCAGAGAAUGAACCCACCACGAAGCAUGUCAGCUAUGGGGCCUCAGAACUAUGGAAGUGGAAUGAGACCUCCUCCCAAUUCAUUAGGUGGUCCUGGAAUGCCAGGAAUGAAUAUGGGUCCUGGAGGCAGAGGUCCUUGGCCAAACCCCAAUGCAAAUUCAAUAGCAUAUUCAUCGUCGUCACCAGGAAACUACGUGGGACCUCCAGGUGGUGGGGGGCCUCCAGGAACACCCAUAAUGCCCAGCCCAGGAGAUUCAACAAACUCAAGUGAGAACAUGUACACAAUGAUGAACCCAAUAGGACCUGGUGGAAGCAGACCAAACUUUCCAAUGGGCCCAGGUCCUGAUGGCCCAAUGGGAGCAUUGGGUGCAAUGGAACCUCAUCAUAUGAAUGGGUCACUAGGCUCUGGAGACAUGGAUGUGUUGCCAAAGAACUCUCCAAAUAACAUGGCAGGGAUGAACAACCCUCCGGGAACACCUCGAGAUGACGGAGAGAUGGCCGGGAACUUCCUAAACCCCUUCCAAAGUGAAAGCUACUCACCCAGCAUGACAAUGAGCGUGUGA